UUGCAGGACCAGUAAUAACGCCUUUCAAUUUUGGUGGUACAUGCUCUUCUCUUCAAAUUUAGGCCACAAUGUUUCUUUACCGAAGGUGACUUAAGUCAAGUUUAUAAAGUCCUGCCAAGAGGAACAUAGUGUGAUGCAGGAGAAAAACAGAUGACAGUCCCUCCCAUUCUCUUUCUCAUGUAUAAAAAUGCUGAAAGUCACCAUAACUGGAGAACAUCGAGAGAAAGAGAAAGAGAGCGAGCAACCUGAAACUAUUGGUCAACAAUGCAGCUUCAAAUUGUGUCCUUCUUCUGGUUCCUAAUAUGUACCAGUGAAGCCCUGCAAUGCAAAAGCUGCUUGGAGCGAUACUCUGAUCACUGCGAGUCCGAAGAAACCAUAGACUGCGGCGAUAGCGAUGGGUGUGGCGCAGCGUCUGGCUUUUUCCAGCAGGGAUCGGAAAGGAAGAAUUUUAUUUACAAAGGUUGCCGGCUUCCGAUAGAAUGCAAUUCCUGGCUGCGCAUUUCCAUGAAUGGCACCUACCUACAGUCCUACAUCACGUGCUGCGAUGGGGAGAUGUGCGACCUGGACUAUUAUAUACCCAGCGAUGAAGAUGAACCGUAUAAUGGCUAUGAAUGUAAAUCUUGCUACUCAGAAGACACUGAAGAGGGAUGCAGCUCCACGCAGCAACAGAAGUGUAGAGGUGAUGAGACAGUGUGUAUGGAGUAUAAAGGAUCCCACAGGAAACAAGAUGGAGAAGAAACUGCUGUUUUCUUUGCUGGUUGUGGCAAUCCUUUGUCAUGUGAAAACCUUGCUUCCUUCUAUAGCUUUGAAGAAAUUGGGAGCGGAUUCUUACUGUGUAAUUUUUUCCCUCUAGAAAUCCCUCCAGUAAUGAUGAACUAA